AUGGAUAUGCCGAUGUCACACAUAUUUGGUGGAAAGGAUCCUUUUGAUGAUCCAUUCUUCACGCGCCCAAUUGGGGGCUUGUUUGGGUCCAGCAUGUUUGAGUCAAAUGCUCCUUCUGGUGUUUCAUCUCCUAUUGGUAAGCUUAAGAGACCCAUUAUUGAGGAGCUAGACAGUGAUGAGGAAGAAAUGGGUAGUGAUGGGGAGAAGAGGGAUAGAGAUGAACAAACUGCAAACCAAAAUCCACUGGUUGAGCACCCAGAGGACCAAGUCCAUGCAGACAAUGACACCGUCGGAAGUAAGAGCAGCAGCAAAGAAUUAGCCAAUAUCCCCAAAUCAUCUCACCGUAGUAAGUUGGGAGGGGAAGCAACCCGAACUGAGGGUGUCAGCUUUCAGAGAGUCAGUUAUGGAGGCAUAAAUGGGAAUUACUACACUGCUUCAACAACCCGAAGAACAGGAAAAGAUGGAGUUGUGUUGGAAGAGAGAAGGGAAGCUGAUUCAACAACCGGUCAAGCAACUCAUCGUCUCUCAAAAGGCAUUCAUGACAGGGGUCAUUCAGUCAUGAGGAAACUUAAUUCAGAUGGUAAAGUGGACACAAUACAGACAUUGCAUAACUUGGAAGAAGAUGAGUUAGCUAAUUUUGAACGAAGCUGGAAAGGAAAUGCUGAUAAACUCGUGCCAGGAUGGGAUAACGGUUUCAAUUUUCCUUCAACUACUGGUGCUGCGGGUAGCCGGCUUACUCCCUGGAGCGGCUGGGAUGUACCGUUUAGGAACCAUUUUGGGAGGAAUGCCGGUUUCAGAAGUGGACCUGAUGCUCCAGCUCAUCCUAAUGAAGGAAGACCUAAGAAAGUCGUAACCAUUCCCAUAGAAUAAGUAGUAGUAGUAGUAGUAGUACAUCGCAGGAAGCAUGUCAGUGGGAAGCUUUCUGUAGGCUUGAAGAUUAGCAAACGUUAAAAAGAGUCUUGAGCUGUCCAGUUAUUCUUGGUAAUUCUUGUGUUUUAUCAUAUCUUCGAGAGCUCUUAUGUGAGAACUGAAUUGUUCGGGUAGCUUUAGUUAAUUGUGUCAGCGUUGUUCAUUUAUCGCAAGAUCGUUGCCUUAGCUCUUUUUGAGGAAAUAAAAACUGUUUCCAGGAUAGAAUUUCUUCUGGUAAACCUUUCCGAAAAAAUAACCCCGAUAAUUUUAUCCUUAUCUGAUCAUCUGAGUCGAUUUAACCCUACUUGGCACAAAAUUUACAGAAUAUUUCACCAGGCAGGCACAUGAAAAUGCUUAAUCACCAAGUUGUAGUCAGUUGUUUCCUCGAAGGAAUACACUUGGGGUAGUAUUGUCUAUGUAUUAGUACGUCCGGAACAAAAACUAAAAUAAAGAGACAAAUAUAAAGCGAUAUGGAUAUGGCUUUUAGACCGCAAACGCAGAAACAGCCCAAGAUAACUCUAGUUGGCUUGAAAGUUGGGGAAGUUGGGGACACUUGAAAUGGUAAAGACAACGGGUCUAUGAGAACCACAAUCUUUGUUUCUAGAUGGGUUUGAUGACGACGAUGGCAUGAUCCAGGAGGAUGAGUCCACAUUCUUCAUUCUUUUGCGAUGCCCUUUUCCUGGCCACGGGCUGUCAAUGAGGAGGAUUUUGGGAAAAAGGUGUAAAAGAUAAGCACCCACAAAUAAUCCCUGGCUUUUCCAAAUGCGUCCCCUGCUUUAUACAUCAAAGUUUCGAUGCCUCUUUUCAUCAAAGGAAAGCCAAUCCUUUGUUUCCCCGUUUCGCAACUUUCAUCAUUCCACUCAAACAAAUUAAAAAGAUCAUUUUGUCUCAUUGACACUUCUGAAGAAAAAGAGGUUGAAGUAUAAAAAACGUCUUUUAACCAUAUUUUAUGGUGAAAUCAAGUUGGUUACUGAAAUAAAGUUAAUCAACUCGAACCACUGAACAUUUAGUUCGUGCGAGAAGCUACCUGAAAGGUUGAAACUUUAUUUCACUUCGCGAGAAUCCCAGAUCUUGGAAUCAUGUUGUUGUGACCAUGGUGGUUUCAUUGUAGUCCAUGAUUUUGAGAUAAUCAAUCCAAGUGUCAUCACUAUCAUUGCUGCCCUCAUUUGUCCAAAAGUAAAGAUGAAUUUGGUCAUUUUCAUACAAGAUCCAAUGCAAGAUGCACCACUUGGCCAACCAAAUUGUUUAAAAGAAAAGAUGGCAUUAUCACCACGCGUUAAAAGCCAUCAGCAAAACUGAAAUAUCAAACCUUGAGUAAACAGCAUGGGGCACUUGCAAGCAAAUUGCAGGUUUCCACAGCUGCACAAAUAGGAUCUCGAAACGGGAGAAUAAGAUUAAAAAGAAAAGGUUUGGUGCUUCACUGCUGGUGGAAGCAUUUCACAAAGGAAAAAUACAAAAGUAAAGAUAAAAGGUUCACCAACUCAUCUGAUCCCAUAAUCAGGAUCAUUUGAGUGGGUGGCGAAACUGCAAACAGCAAGAUUCCAGGACAAACGGAGAUCAGAAGAUCAAACUCAACAACAAACAGCCAGACCCGACACAAUAACGAUACAGGAUCCUAAAAUCCUACUUUUGGCUUUUGCAAAAAGAAGUAAAGAGCACCACAGGACACAGCGCAUCCUUAACAGGGAAAAAGAAGAAGAAGAAUGCAACAAAGAUUAUAGAAUCAAAGUGAAGGUCCUACAGAAGAUCGAGUGACUAUAAUAUAUAGACAAGUCAAUGAAUUUAAAAUAGACCAUGAAACCAAGAAUACUCAAAUUGGCUGCGAAUGCCAUAAUUCAUUAAUCAAGAAAUUACAUCAAAGUCUACAAAAAAGGAGUCAAACUACAUAAUGCGGAAUUUCAGAAGUAGACCACAGACAAUCAUUGGGAUUAAAACGAACUUCAGAACCGAACUUACAUCAGCAUCAGAAGACUCAUUCGGUCCCAAUUUUCCACCUACUGCAGAAUUAUUCUGUGAUCUUUGAAAUGGAAAAUGCAGAUAAAAAGACCUGCUAACAUAGCAUUUAUAAUUAACCAAAGUUGAAAAACAGACGACCUCAACCACAAACUGACGAAUAGAUGGAACCAAAAGUGAAGAGAAUGCCGCGGGAAGGGGUGCUCGUCCUCCUCAAGCCAUGCAGUAGGCAGUCCACUGCUCAUCCUCAACCGUGCCGGCAGCAGCAACAGCUUCAGUGGCACUAUAAGUCUCAUCCUUGCAAUAAUAGAAACCAUUAUUAUUGGCAGUGGCGGCAGUCAAGCAGCAAGAGGAAGCCGGCAAGAGAUAAGGCAUGUUAUGGAAGCAUUGAGCGAGGCCACUUGCCAAUGCCCCUAUACCACCACCAUUACUGUCGUCAACCACAACUUCAUCAUGCACAAACUCCUCUGCACGAUGCUUCAGGGUCUCAAACAUAAGCUCAGGUUCAUGCUGCAUAACCCGUAGAACAUCCCCGCAAGAAAGUCCAGGAACAGCACGAGUCACAGCAAAACUGUGAGGCCCGUCACUCUGUAACACCCGCACGACACUAGGACCCCCAAACAGGUUGUGGAAUCCGCCUAGGGCUUCUUCAUAAGCCCCGCCCAGAAACAUGCCCAGAUAAUAUCCAUUUCCGUUGCCUUUGCCUUCAAUCUCAUGGAGGGGAAGGCUGGAUUCACCCCCAAUGAACUUAUUGAUUUUUCCAUCACUAUCACAAGUCAGGUCUGAUAAAAUUCCCCGUACCCCCGGCUUCUCCUCCAGGCGGUGAAUCGGGAUUACAGGGAAAAGCUGACCGAUGGCCCAAAAAUCAGGAAUGGAAGUGAAUAUUGAGAGAUUGACAUGGUAAGUACGCACUUGAUCAGACACUCCCACUGCAUUUGAAACAUACUCGCAAAGCCCAUCAACAGCUGCGAGCUGUUCCAUAUCUAAAGUUCCUUCCUUGAACUGCUCAACACACCUUUGCUUAAGCUGAUCAGCAUAAGCCAAACAAGUAUCGUACUCACCCCGGACAGCAGCAGAAUACAAAUUCCAGUAAUCAGCACGGCCUUCUUCAUUGAGACCCUCAGCAAAGUAUUCAAGUCCAAGGGAGGAUACCUGAGGAAUCUCUUUGGAGGUGGCGGAAACAGCUUCAAAUAUCAAAAUUGAGUGAUGGGAUACAAUUGCUCGGCCACUUUCGCUGCACAGAAUUGGGUGCCUCACGCCCUUGCGGUCACACACAAACCGCACAGCCUGCACCACAGCAGAGGCAUAUUCCUGGAGGGAAUAGGCAACCGAGACGUCGGAAUCAGCUGACUUUGAACCGUCAUAGUCAAUCCCAAGGCCUCCACCAAUGUCAAUUACUUUCAUUCCGGCACCCAAGCGAACUAGUUCACUGUAAAUCUGUGCAGCCUCCCCAACGCCAUCAGCUAAUAGGGUUGUGGAAGGGAUCUGAGAUCCAAUAUGAAAAUGCAGCAAUUGAAGACAAUCCAACAUUCCAGAUUGUUCCAGUUUCUUCACCACGCGGAGGAUUUGAGUGGUUGUCAAUCCAAACUUGCCUUUCUCCCCAGAUGUUGACCCAAAAUGACCAGAAUGCUUGGUCCUGAGCUUGGCCCGAACACCAAUCACGGGUCGGACUGCCAGCUUCUUGCUUAGAUCAAUCACCAGAUCGAUUUCCUCCUCCUGUUCGAGUACAAUUACGGUAUUCAAGCACAACUUCCGAGCAACCAAGGCGAGAGAAAUAUACUCCGUGUCUUUGAAGCCGUUGCAAACCAAGAAAGCAUCCGGGCUUCCUUUGCAAAGGCAGCUCAUUGCCAACAGGAGCUCCGGUUUAGACCCGGCUUCCAACCCGAACCGGAAAGGGGCUCCAAAUCUGACGAUAUCAUCGACCACAAAGCGGUCCUGAUUGCAUUUGACCGGGUAAACGCCUUGGUAGUGGGCCCCAUAGCCCUGGGAUUGGACUGCGAAAUCAAAAGCGGACUGGAGAGAUUCAAGGCGGUUCUUGAGGACGUCGGGAAAACGUACAAUGAGGGGGAGCUGCAACCCGAGUCCGCCAUUGGAUGUCGGGUCCGAUGCCUUUUUCACCACUUUGAGGAGGUCAAUCUCCUGGUGGGAAAGGGUAUCAACGCCGUGAGGACGGACGGCGAUGUUGCCGCUGGAGUUGACGGCGAAGUAAGGCGCACCCCAUCCAUCCACUUUGUAAAUCUCAGCCGAAAGGGAAGGCGACCAUGUGGUGGAGACGUCAAUGUCGGCUGUGGCUGCGGCGGCGGCGGCGGAGUUUGUCGACUGAGGUACGCCGGCGACGGCUGAGAUUGCAGAGUUUAAAAACCCAGAAUCAACCGCCGGCGCGGGAAGAGUGCUAUCCCUAGCAAAUCCGUAACCAGGUGGAGCAGCUACGGCGGCGUCUACACAACACGCGAGCGCCGGCAUCUCUUCCCCGAUCUGUUUCAAGCUUUGUUUAAAAUUCGAAAGAAAAAAAAAAGAAUGAAAGAAUGGUUAAUAAUCUAUGGAGGGAUUAUACAGUUAAAUCGGUGGACGAAGGGCAAAAUUUUCCUUCUUCCCGUCUUUAUUUUUCAAUAAUAAUAUUUAUUUAUUUUUGGUUGUAAUAGGUGGGGGCUUUAGAACCCGCCGAGGCCGGAGCCCCGGCUACCCCCUCAAAAGAAGCAAAAAAGGAUCUGAAUCAAAAGAUAACCAAACCCAGAUUCACGGUUACAGAACACAGAAAUCCCCACGCCUGCCCCUCAGAAGAAGUGGAUUAUGGAUUUACGAAUUGAAAACGGAAGAAACGCAAAAAAAAUGACACAAUUUUAUGCACCGAACAAGGAUUCUAUCAUGCAGAUCUUAGAAUUCUGGUUAAAAUAAAUAAAAGCAGCGGAAACCGGAAGAGGUAGGUGGUGGAGGAGGAAGGAGGCGAGGAUGGCGGGAGAAAGCCGGAAACCUAACGGCUACGAGUGGGGGGGAAAUGGGCGCCUAGGGUUUUCUUAUUUUGCGUUUUAGUGAGGAAAUAAAAACGCAAAAAAUAAGCGGAGUGAGCGAAGAAAGGGAAGAGCGCGGAGGCUAAUUU